GUGCGCAAUGUUUUCAAAUCGGCUGAAAUGUCUGGCGUGGGGGUGACCAUGUCAAACGUUCGCCAUUCUAAUAUCAAUAAUACAUAUAAUAACUGCGGCCGCGGUGAACGAAUGGACAUGGAAAUAGACUCUGCUCACACUGUUACCGACCGAGGAGACAUGGACACAGGAACACGAACAGCAUUUUCUUCAAAUGGCAGUGGCGGGGAAGACGACGAAUCGGAGGCCGCAGACCGGGAAAGGGAAGCCGGGGGCUCGAGUACGCCACGCUCCGGAGAUGGAGUAGGACUUGGCUGCGGCAGAGAGCAGGAGGUCUCGGUAGAAAUAGGCGAGACCUAUCUAUGUCAGCGCGCAGACAAGACGUGGCACUCAGCUGAGGUUAUCCAGUCCAGACUAAAUGAACAGGAGAGCAGAGAGGAGUUCUAUGUCCAUUAUGUUGGAUUUAACAGGCGGCUGGAUGAGUGGGUCGGAAAGGGUCGCUUGGCCUUGACAAAAACUGUGAAGGACGCUGUGAGGAAGAGUGUGGAGGAAGGUGGGGGAGGGGAGCUUGGAGAUCAGCCCGAGAGGAAGAUCACUCGGAACCAGAAACGCAAGCAUGAUGAGAUCAACCAUGUUCAGAAGACCUACGCAGAGAUGGAUCCCACUACGGCUGCCCUGGAGAAAGAGCAUGAAGCAAUCACCAAAGUGAAAUACGUGGACAAAAUCCAGAUUGGGAAUUUUGAAAUCGAUGCCUGGUACUUUUCCCCCUUCCCUGACGACUAUGGAAAGCAGCCCAAGCUUUGGAUCUGUGAAUACUGCCUGAAGUACAUGAAAUAUGAGAAGACCUUCAGAUACCACCUGACCCAGUGCCAGUGGCGGCAGCCACCUGGGAAGGAGAUUUAUCGCAGGGGCAAUAUCUCAGUGUAUGAGGUGGAUGGGCGGGACCAUAAGAUCUACUGCCAGAACUUGUGUCUGCUUGCCAAACUAUUCCUCGACCAUAAAACGCUCUACUUCGACGUGGAGCCCUUCAUCUUUUACAUCCUCACAGAAGUCAACAGACAGGGGGCACACAUCGUGGGUUAUUUCUCUAAAGAGAAGGAAUCUCCUGAUGGGAAUAAUGUCGCAUGCAUCCUCACACUCCCUCCAUAUCAGCGCAGAGGAUACGGAAAAUUUCUAAUCGCAUUCAGUUACGAGCUGUCAAAGUUGGAGAGUACCGUGGGUUCUCCAGAGAAGCCUCUGUCAGAUUUGGGUAAACUGAGCUACAGGAGCUACUGGUCCUGGGUACUGCUAGAGAUUCUGCGAGACUUCAGAGGAACACUGUCCAUCAAAGACCUCAGUCAGAUGACGAGUAUCACACAGAGUGACAUCAUCAGCACACUGCAGUCUCUGAACAUGGUGAAGUACUGGAAAGGGCAGCAUGUGAUCUGUGUCACACCAAAACUCGUAGAGGAACAUCUGAAAAGUGCACAGUACAAGAAACCACCCAUCACAGUGGACACAUUGUGUUUGAAGUGGGCUCCACCAAAACACAAACAGGCCAAGUUUUCCAAGAAGUGAGUCAUUUGGACUGGUUCCAGACGAAGCAUCCCCACACUGAUCAAUAAAUGCCUUUUUGUGUUCUGUUUGUUAAAAAGUAAAGAUGUAAGAUAGUACAUUGCUUUUUUUUAAUAAAGGAAAAUGGAAAUAUUCA